GUGGCCCCGCCAAUGGGUGCAUACUUUGUCGUUAGCCGCGGAGCACUGGGGUUUGGCCCACACUGGGCCGAGUCUGGGCCAGUAGGCGGAUGGUACCCAGCCGCGGAAAGUGACAGUGAGCUGUGGCGUCACCCAUAGCAGCGUCUUAUCCGUACUGAGCUUCCUCACCUGCCUCCUCCGCGUUCUCCUCAGGCCCGGCCAUGGAGCGCCAGGUCCAACGGCUUCGUCAGGCUUUCCGGUCCGGCCGAUCGCGGCCGCUGCGCUUCCGAUUGCAGCAGCUCGAGGCCCUGCGGAGGAUGGUGCAAGAACGCGAGAAGGACAUCUUAGCAGCCAUCGCAGCAGACCUGAGUAAAAGUGCACUCAAUGCAUACAGUCAUGAAGUCAUUACCAUCCUUGGGGAGAUUGAUUUUAUGCUGGGGAAUCUUCCUGAGCUGGCUUCUGCUCGACCGGCUAAGAAGAACCUGCUUACCAUGAUGGAUGAGGCCUAUGUUCAGCCAGAGCCUCUGGGAGUCGUACUGAUUAUUGGAGCUUGGAACUACCCUUUUGUUCUUACCAUGCAACCCCUGGUGGGAGCCAUUGCUGCAGGAAAUGCUGCCAUUGUGAAGCCCUCGGAACUCAGUGAAAACACGGCCAAGAUCUUGGCUGAACUCCUCCCUCAGUAUUUAGAUCAGGACCUGUACGCGAUUAUUAAUGGCGGUGUUGAGGAAACCACGGAGCUUCUGAAGCAGCGGUUUGAUCACAUUCUCUAUACAGGAAACACUGCCGUUGGAAAAAUUGUCAUGGAAGCUGCUGCCAAGCACCUGACCCCUGUGACCCUGGAACUCGGGGGCAAAAGCCCAUGUUACAUUGACAGAGACUGUGACCUGGACAUUGCUUGCAGACGCAUAACCUGGGGAAAGUACAUGAAUUGUGGUCAAACCUGUAUUGCUCCCGACUAUAUCCUCUGCGAAGCCUCCCUCCAGGGUCAAAUUGUACAGAAGAUUAAGGAUACAGUGAAGGACUUUUAUGGGGAAAAUAUAAAAGCUUCUCCUGAUUAUGAAAGGAUCAUCAAUCUUCGUCACUUUAAGAGGAUACAGAGUUUGCUUGAAGGACAGAAAAUAGCUUUUGGUGGAGAGACUGAUGAGGCCACACGCUACAUAGCCCCAACCAUACUCAUUGAUGUUGAUCCUAACUCCAAGGUGAUGCAAGAGGAAAUUUUUGGACCAAUUCUUCCAAUAGUGUCUGUGAAAAAUGUAGAUGAAGCCAUAAAUUUCAUAAAUGAUCGAGAAAAGCCCCUGGCACUCUACAUAUUUUCUCAUAACAAUAAGCUAAUCAAACGGGUGAUUGAUGAGACAUCCAGUGGUGGCGUCACAGGCAACGAUGUCAUCAUGCACUUCACUGUUAAUUCUCUGCCCUUUGGAGGUGUGGGUGCCAGUGGAAUGGGGGCUUACCAUGGAAAAUACAGUUUUGAUACCUUUUCUCAUCAGCGCCCCUGCUUGUUGAAAGGGCUAAAGGGGGAGAGUGUUAACAAGCUCAGGUACCCCCCCAACAGCGAGUCCAAGGUCAGCUGGGCCAAGUUCUUCCUGCUGAAGCAGUUCAACACAGGGCGGCUGGGGCUGCUGCUGCUUGUGUGCUUGGUCGCGGUUGUAGCUGUGAUUGUCAAGAAAUACCAAGCUCUGCCGAGGGGAAAAGCCCUGUUGGCUUCUCUGAUAGUUCAUAGACUGCGCUGGUCCAGUAAGCACUGACGGUCAGGCCUCAGCUGUCUGUUGAGAGUGAGGAUCAGCUGUAAUGACUUCUUCGUAGCCUCUACUGAAGUAUCCCUCUACUAAAUGGUUAACAAACCAAUACUUUUAAAAUCGUACCCAAAGCAGGAGAUUCACAGAUGUGCUGCAGUCAAAACUAAGUUGUUGCCACAAACCACCAAGGAAAGUCAGUGUUUGAGCCAAGCCUCAGCGUUUGUCAGCCACGCAGGUGUUGAGAGGGCAUAGACGGGGCUGGGGUAAGAACACAUUACACUAGAUCCCAGUCCACAGCGCUGUGUCAGGGAGACCUGCUAACUGCUCCUGACCUCUUUACUCUAGCCCAUAGCUCUGCCCACUCCAUUGUCAACACCACCCAGGCUUUCCAGCUGUCCUCUGUUGUCUGGAGAGCUGAGGCUAGGUCUUCCCAGCUCCUGUUAGGGAUCGAGGUACUAAAACUGGGCAGGCGGAUAUGUCCACCUCCUCCCUGUGGCCUUCAGGAGUCAGCUCUCAUGUAAACAUCCUUUCUUACUCAUAGAGCAUCACUCAAAGGAUGUGUGUUUGUGACAGUCUGUGGUGACUGUCCCAGUGCCUUCGUGAUGAACUAAACUAUACUGAGCCUCUUGCCAAGAAACAGUGCUUUCUUUGUGAAUGCCACUCAGAGCAUCUUGCAGUCACAUCUAUCUGUUCCAGAGCCUGAGGCCAGAAGAUUCCUGAGCCCAGGAGUUUGAGGCCAACCUAGACAACAUGAUGGGGACCCUUCCCCAUUCUUCAUAAAAAUCCCCUCGAGACCCUCAAGUUGAAUGUUAUGUAGAUCUUCAAAGAUAAUUCUUCUGCUUAUUUUCGUAGCACAAUGCAAGGAAAUUUUACUUCUUAAUCUUAGAGAGAUUCCUACAAAUACUAAAGCAUGGAGUCAUUCCUGCUGUGAGAAGGGGGUUGGUAGACCUCACGGGUCAGGGACUGCUGGAGGAGACUGUGCUGAGGAGGCACGCUGAAGCGACGGGAUGGUCAGAAGUGCUCCGAGCAAGCGGGACAUCAUUCUCAGUCAGAUCCUAAUGUGGCCAAGCAGGGAUGUGGCAGAGAUCUGUGCGGAAACCAGCUUCCUGCUGCAGUGGCCUGGCUAGGCCCAAAGCUCCACGCUGCAGAGCCCUCACUGCCUUCCUGGGAUCCAAAUUAAUACUUGGCCCACUCAAUGAGAAUGUAACUUGCUUACUGAAUGUACAACCAUGUUUGCUGAGUGAUCUGUUCUGGGGCUGUCUGAAGUGUAUUGUGUGAGGUAUCAAGAACAAAUCAUUGGCUCGUUUUGCAAAUAGUUGCUUAAGUAGCUAUUGUCAUAGACUAAUCAUAAAAUAUUUUGCACAAAAUUUCAAUGUUGAAUUUGCACUUAUUGUUGUUAUAUUAAAUUAUAAAUCAUAGCUUCUAGUUAGGCCAAAAUACUUACAUACUCUACGAUCUUCAAAAUAAAUGUAUUUCAUAAAU